AUGUCCUACCUCGGAAGUCGCGCUGUCAAGCCGCUACGUCGGGAUGCCCGGGGCAAGGCCGAGUACGCUGUCGCGAAACUGGAAUUGGUUGGCAUACAGAUGAUUAGUAGUGGGAUGUACGGCGAAGGGCCAGCGCUAGGCUGGCAUGUCACACCAUGGACGGAAGGUAUCAUCAGGGGGUUCCACUUCGAUCAAGAACGUACAGCGCCGCAGGACUCGGAUGUUAUUGAGGCGGCUACGGGUGUUCUGCCCGAUAAAUAUUACGUCGGGAGAAUGAGCAUUGGUCGCGAAUACUUGGAAUCGCAGUCGAGUCUCGGCUGCAGAAGACAACACUUCAAGCUUCCGGAGAUUGCGCGCGGCGGAACAGACGGUCAGAAGACUUGCGGCUGCAUUAAUGAUAUCGGGCGUACCAUCCGGCCGCUCGGCCCGGGGGAUAAUCCAAUACUUAUGCACCACCCACGAGUAAAUAAUUGCGACGCCCUUCCCCUGAGUAACCAGAGCUCUUCGCAGUCAACUGAAAAACACUCGCCAAAAAGUGCUGUUUCCAUGGAAGUGCCAGCGGUGCAUUGCCUACCCGUCGAAUUGCUCUCCAAAGUAUUCGUGGACUGCGCGUGUUCUACCUCAAUACUCUGGUGCGAUGUGGCCAUCACUCAUCACAACCUCCCUAUGACCCUCCCCGCCUUGGAUAAAGCUACCGAAUUACGCAUUCUACCAGAGCACAAGGCCACGGCAAGCCUAAUGGAACUGUGUAUCGCUCGCUCGGGAACAUAUCCCAUGGAGGUUUCCCUGGAUCUGGACAUAGUACCUCCUGAGGGUGUCCGAGAAUGCCUGAAAACCUGGAGAACAUGUAUCUCCCGUUGCAAAUUGUUGCGGCUCAAAGGAACGACGCAGAUUUUGCAGCUGCUCUUCCAGACCACGACCGAACUACCGUUUCUCGAAGCUAUAGCUAUGCACUACCUCACCGGUCUCUCCCUGGGGGUGGUAGACCUCAACCAGUCCAUCAUUCGACUCCUUCGGGAGCAACGCAGCUCACUCAAGUCCCUGGCCUUGCACUUCAUUGACUACGACGAAUCUCAAAUGCCCGUUACGUCGUUUCCAAAUCUGGAGGAGGUAGAGCUAACAUUCCGAUGCGACUGGUUCAUUACCGUCCUGCCCGCAAUCAUCGCGCCGAAACUGCGAAAUCUGAGCGUCACGGCUCCAUCGCCUUCCCCCGGUGCGCCUCUCGUAGUAUCCCUCGCUGCUAUGCUUGCGGUGUCGGGCAAACGUCUUCAAAAGCUAUACAUCGCCUGCUUCAAUGUCUUUGAGUCGGAGCAGGAACUUUACAAUAUACUCAAGGCAGUCCCUUCAUUGGCUUCCCUGUCCAUUGUUGGGGCAUUGGUCUCUGGGACUCGUUUGGAUGAAAUCCUUGGCGCGCUCGUCCGUCGGGACCCCGCGACUAGUCAGUUUCCAGUCCCGCGUCUCGAGAAGCUAGACAUCCGCUUAGUGACCCGCGACAUCGAGGACUGCGUUGAUGAGGAGAACCUGUCACAUGUGCUUGCCCUCAGGCUGAGGGGGGAGUGCGCCAUCGCGAAGCUCGAAACAGUCGAUAUACACGUCGCCGGUUCCUUCGACAGGCCUGCUCUGGAGUGGCGUGCCAGACCUGGGAUGGAAGAUAUAGUCAGGGUGUUGGAAUCCGAGUACCACGUAUUCAGCGAUGGCGGUAGCACUACCUACCUGAUGGUCCGAGUCAGCCAUGUCCAGAGGGUUGCUGUUAUAGGCUUGUCCAUUUCUCCAGACGCGGUCCUCGAUGGCAUUGGGAAUCUGGAUACCCGGACUUACCAAGACCGACGUCGAGAUGGUACAUAUAUCGGAGUACUCUGA